AUGCUCCAGGAGUUUGAAGGAGUUCUCAGAAGACUGGUCGGUUUGCGAACUCCAGCAAAACUGGCACUUUCUGUGUCAGGUGGAGUAGACUCAAUGGCUUUGGCUGGGCUGGCUUCCCAGUGGUCCAAAACUCGAGACGUCCGGCUGUAUGGGUAUAUUAUAGAUCAUCAUGUUCGCGACGGAUCGAGUGCCGAAGCUUCGCUGGUCGCCGACCGGUUGGCUGGCCUUGGAAUCGAGCCCAAAAUCCUGGACUUGCAUGCGAAUUUGGUAGAGCCCUCGGUAAUGGAAAAAUACGCUCGAGAUGGCCGUCGCAAUCUGCUGCAAAGGGAAUGUGUGAAAAAUGGUAUCCAUCACAUCCUGCACGGUCAUACUCUCGAUGAUCAAGUUGAAUUAUUUAUUAUGCGGUUUCUAAUGAGAAGCACGACCUACGGACUAGCAGGAAUGCACCCAGAAUCGUUUCUAUCCAUCAGAACCCCGCCCGAUCAGUAUCCGAUCAAACUUUUGAAGCCUCUUCUCACGUUUCGAAAGAAGCAACUGGAAGAGUACUGUCUGGAUCAAAACAUUCAGUGGAUAGAGGACCCGUCUAAUCGCGAUGUUACCCUAACGAAACGAAAUGCAAUCCGAGCGUUUUUAGCGUCCCCUGACAUCCCAACCGCGUUCUCUUCAGACAAUUUGAUUCCUUUCAUCGCAAAGCUACAAAAGCUUCGAGAAACAACAUUGACUCAAGCGAAACUCGCAUAUCUGCAACUACGCAAUUCAGGUGAUUUGUACUAUAAACAAGGUGCUUUCACGCUGAAACCCGUCAAGGUGUAUGAUGCGCUUCCCCCCGACGUCAAAGAACAAUUGACCCUUUUGAUCCUCUCCCUGGUAUCGCCUUUAUCGGUCGAGCAGCUCUUUUAUCGUCGCCAGGCAAUCCAUAACUACGUCAAGCUGCCCAUGGACCGGAAAUGGACGUUACUCGAUGUAGCCAUCUUCCCUAUGGACGGGCAUCUUAUUUUCAAACGCGGGAGACCUAGAGCCCAAAAAAGCUUGGAGUAUACUGUUCACAAAGCCACGAAAGACUGGUCGGAGUGGAAACUAAUAGACAAUCGGUUCUGGAUCAGGUGGAAACUGCCAGCCACCCACGAAAAGUCCGAAUGCAAUAUCAAUUCCCGACUGUUGUACUCUACAGCAAACACCAAAACAACCCUGUCCAAAAUUUUUGGCUCGGACAUCAAGCCAAGCUAUGAACGCCAGACACAUCCAUUGUUUAUGUUUGAUGAUCCAGAGGACCCUUACACUUUAAGGUCUGACCUAAUAAUCGGCUAUCCUACGCUAGGUUACUGUCGAGGUUUAAAUAUGGAAUGGCAGCCCGUGGAGAUCGUGUUGUAG